AUGAGGGGCUUGAUAUUUGCCCUGGUUUUAACAGUGGUGGGGAGCCAGCAUCUUAAUUACCAACCCGAUUUCAGUGAAAACAAGGUUUAUUCAUUUAAUUAUGAAAGCAUACUUCUCAGUGGACUUCCAGAGAAAGGACUUGCAAGAGCUGGAAUAAGAAUAAAAAGUAAAGUGGAAAUUAGUGGUAUUGGGCCAAAACUUUGUCUUAUUAGGAUUCACUCAAUCGAAGCAGCAGAGUACAAUGGUGUCUGGCCUACAAGCUCAUUCUCUCGGUCUCUCAAACUGACCCAAGUAUUAACUGGGGAACUUAGUAUUCCCAUCAAGUUUGAGUAUAGCAAUGGCCAUGUUGGAAACCUCAAGGCUCCUGAUUCUGUCUCAGAUGAUGCUCUGAACAUCUACAGAGGAAUUCUGAAUGUGCUGGAGCUAAGUCUAAAGAAGAUGCAGCAUUCAUACAGCUUACAAGAGGCUGGGAUUGGAGGUAUUUGUAACACAACGUAUGCAAUUCAGGAAAACAAGAGAGCAAAUCUAGUUUAUGUGACCAAAUCCAAGGACCUGAACAGUUGUGAAGAGAAGGUGCAACUGCUCACAGGUUCAGCAUACACUCAACCGUGCCAGGCCUGCCAGCAGAGAAACAGGAAUUCCCGGGCAACUGCUACUUAUAAUUACAAAAUCAAGUAUACACGUAAUGAAGCUGUAAUUACACAAGCUGAUGUUGAAGAAAUCCACCAAUUUGCACCCUUCAAUGAGAUAACAGGAGGAAAUGCUAUAGUGGAAGCAAGGCAGAAACUUGCUUUGACUGAUGUGCAGAAGCAAAUGGCAGAGGUCCCACCAAAAGAAUUUCAGGAUCGUGGGUCACUUCAGUACCAGUUUGGCAGUGAAUUGCUUCAGCUUCCUGUCCACUUAUUCAAAAUAAAAAAUGUGGAAAGCCAGAUAGAGGAAUGUCUGCAAGACCUAGUAGAGACCACAUCUGAACAGCUUCCCAGCGAUGCACCAGCAAAAGCCCUCAAGCUUAUGCAUCUCUUCCGGGCAGCAAAUGAGGAGGAUUAUGAGUCAGUGUGGAAGCAGUUCUCCAGCCAGCCAGUGUAUAGGCGCUACAUUUUGGAUAUAAUUCCUGCAGUUGCCAGUCACCGUGCACUCAGGUUCUUGAGGCAUAAAAUGGAAAGGCAAGAACUCACUAACUGGGAAGCAGCUCAGACAGUACUUGUGGCUCUGCACUCAAACACACCAACUAGGGACACAAUGGAGGAAGCAACGCUCAUUGUGAAAAAACAUUGCCCACGCUCAAGUACUGUACUUGGAAAGGUUUGCUAUCUCAGCUAUGCGUCACUGUGCCACAAACAGUGCUCUUCAUCAGACUCCUGCUCUGAAUGUCUCCAGCUACUUCAUGGCUUUGCAGGAGAGGCACUGAGCAAGUCUAACCCAGAAGAAAUUUCCCUGGCUUUGAAAGCCCUUGGGAAUGUAGGACAUCCAGCCAGCAUCAAGCACAUCAAGAAAUUUUUGCCAGGAUAUGCAGCUGGUGCCUCAGAUUUGCCUCUCAAGGUCCAUGCAACUGCUGUGAUGGCCCUGAAAAACAUAGGCAUGAAAGAUCCAAAAUUGGUCCAGGCUAUUACCCUUGAGAUUUUCCUGAAUCAAAAACUUCAUCCUCGGGUCCGAAUGUUAGCUGCAGUGGUUUUGCUUGAAACCAAGCCAGGUCUUCCAAUACUAAUGACACUAACUGAUGCUGUUCUGAAGGAACCUAGCAUGCAAGUGGCAAAUUUCAUCUACUCUCACGUGAGGGCCCUGGGUAGGAGCACAGCUCCAGAUCUUCAAGCAAUGGCUUCUGCCUGCAGAAUGGUCAUCAGAGCAUUAAGUGCUAAAUUUGACAGAUCUGGGUAUCAGUUCAGCAAGGUUUUCCGGUUCAGUAUGUUUAAAGAGAUCCUUAUGAGUGGACUGGCAGCUAAAUAUUUGGUAUUGAACAAUGCAGGCAGUUUAAUUCCAACGAUGGCAGUGUCCCAGCUGCGGACACAUUUCCUAGGCAGAGUUGCUGAUCCCUUGGAGGUUGGAAUAACAGUUGAAGGACUGCAGGAGAUAUUUGCUAAAAGUUACUCUCCUGACAGGGAGUGGGAGACCAACUAUGACUUCAAGGAAGUCCUGAAAAAGCUCUCUGACUGGAAGGCAUUCUCCAGUGACAAACCUUUUGCAUCAGGCUACUUGAAGAUGUUUGACCAAGAGCUGUUUUUUGGUGGACUUGAUAAAAACGCUAUUCAAAAUGCAUUGCAGGCAUGGUAUGGACCUGAAGAAAAAAUCCCUUCGAUAAGGAAAAUAAUCAGUAGCCUUCAAAGUGGUGUAGCAAGGCAGUGGACCAAGGCCUUACUCUCCGCUGAGAUCCGUCGUAUUGUGCCCACCUGCACUGGGUUUCCAACAGAGACAAGCUUCUAUUACUCUUCCAUCACAAAAGUAGCAGGGAAUGUUCAAGCACAGAUUACACCUUCUCCAAAAUCUGAUUUCAGAUUGACUGAAUUACUAAAUGCCAAUAUUAGGCUGCGAUCCAAAAUGAGUCUAAGUAUGGCUAAGGAGAUGACCUUUGUGAUGGGGAUCAACACACACAUAGUACAAGCAGGGCUGGAAGCACACACCAAAAUAAAUGCUCAUGUACCUGUGAAUGUGGUUGCCACUGUCCAGAUGAAGGAAAAAAAUAUCAAAAUUGAAAUUCCACCAUGUAAAGAUGAGACUAACAUAAUUACUCUAAGGUCUAAGACAUUUGCUGUUACAAGAAAUAUUGGGGAUUUGGAUGCUAGUAAGAUGACUCCAGUUCUUCUACCUGAAGCAGUGCCUGACAUAAUGAAGAUGUCCUUUGAUUCAGAUUCUGCAUCCGGCGAGACUGACAACAUCAGGGACAGGCAGUCUGCAGAAGAUGCUUCACUGGGAAUUUACUUUGGACGUUCUUCUUCCCGAAAAGAGCCAUUUGUUCAGUCCAUGUGCUCCAAUGCAAGUACAUUUGGGGUUCAAGUGUGCAUUGAAAGGAAAAGCGUACAUGCUGCGUUUAUAAAAAAUGUGCCUCUUUAUUACCUAGUUGGAGAGCAUGCCUUUAGAAUGAGCUUCAAGCCAGUUUACACAGAGGUGCCUAUUGAAAAACUACAAGUCACCAUUCAAGCAGGAGACCAAGCUCCUACAAAAAUGGUACGUUUAGUAACAUUUGAAGAUCCAGAGGAACAAGUACCUUCCAGAAAAGAAACACUUAAAAGAGUGAAGAAAAUCCUUGGUGAUACUAAUGACCAGGGGAUAAUAAAAGCCAGAAGCUCAUCAUCCAGUGCCAGCAGCACCAGUGGAAGUGCCGAAAGUGCAUCAAGUAGCCCCUCCAGCAGCGACUCUGACAACAAAGCGUCACGGGCAGCCACCCAGAUAAAUCUGAAAAGAAGAGAGUCCAAAGCCAAAGAAAAGAAAUUCUACCCUUUUGGGGACAGUGGUGGCAGCAGCAGCAGCAGCAGCAAAAGCAGUAGUAGCAGUAGUAGCAGCAGUAGUAGCAGCAAAAGCAGUAGUAGCAGCAGCAGCAAAAGCAGUAGUAGCAGCAGCAGCAAAAGUAGCAGUAGUAGUGGCAGUAGCAGCAGCAGCAAAAGUAGCAGUAGUAGUAGCAGUAGCAGCAAAAGUAGCAGAAGUAGUAGCAGCAGCAGUAGCAGUAGUAGUAGCAGCAGCAAAAGCAGUAAUAGUAACAGCAGCAAAAGCAGCAGCAGUAGUAGCCCCAGCAAGAGCAGUAGCAGCAAAAGCAGCAGCAGUAGUAGCAGCAGCAAGAGCAGUAGCAGCAAAAGCAGCAGCAGCAAGAGCAGCAGCAGCAGCAAAAGCCCGAGUAGCAGUAGCAAGGAGAGCAGCAGCAGCAAAAGCAGUAGGAUCAGCAGCAGUAGCAGCAGAGGUAGCAGCAGCAGUAGCAAAGCAUCUGGUAUAAAGCCGAAGGCCAAGAAGCAGUCCAAGACCACACCAUUUCCACUUGUCAGUGCUCCUGAAGAAGAGAGGAGAGUCCGUGAAUGGAAGCGUAAAACACAGAGUAGCAGCAGUAGCAGCAGAAGCAGCAGCAGUGGCAUCAGCAGCAGCAGUGAAAGCACUGGUGCUUUCCACCGCCAUAGCAAAUAUGACAGAGAAGAUGAGGUGAAACAUGUCAAGUCCCAGUUUAACAGUCACAGUGAUGAUGUUUCUACAGAAUGGGAAUACCGCCUUCCAAAAGUAUACCAGCUCCGCUUCAGGUCUGCUAAAGUCCAUUGGCAUCCAGAUCAUAAGAUAUCAAGCAGUUCAUCAUCAUCUUCCUCUAAGCUGGGAAGUAGCCACAGCAACAGCAGCAGCAGCAGCAGCAGCAGCAGCAGCAGCAGCAGCAGCAGCCACCACCAUGAAGAAAAUACUGGCCACAGCUCAAAUAGGAAGCACACAAGCAGAGGAGACAGCAGCCACCGCAGCCGAGGUUGCAGCGUGACACGCGAGUGCAACUUCCUGGGAGAUAUAAUUCCACCUGGCAUUACGAUUGUGGCACAGGCAGUAAGGAGUGACAACAGAAAUCAAGGUUAUCAAGCUACAGCAUAUGUUCGUUCUGAUGCUGCCAAAGUUGAUGUGCAACUAGUUGUAGUUCAGCUGGCUGAAACCAAUUGGAAAGCAUGUGCUGAUGCUGUAAUACUGCCUCUGAAAGCACAGGCCAGACUGAGAUGGGGCAAGGAGUGCCAGGACUACAGGAUAGCAGCCACAGCUACCACAGGCAAACUGGCGAGGAAGCCAGCUGUGCAGCUGAAGGUGCAAUGGCGAAGUCUUCCAUCAUGGUUAAAAAAGACAAGCUCGGCAUUCAUGAAAUACGUUCCUGGUGCAGCACUCAUGUUGGGCUUUUCAGAAGCACAUCAGAGAAAUCCAUCUCGUGAAGUUAUAGUAAGGGCAGCUGCAACAUCUCCACGCACAAUCGAUGCAGUAAUUAAAGUUCCUGGGGUAACACUUUACUAUCAGGCACUUCGAAUGCCAUUCACUCUGCCCUUAGGCCCAUCUCCAACUUAUGAGACUCGAGAUAUCACUGCCUGGAAUUUAUUUCCUGAAAUAGCUUCACAAAUAGCACAAGAAGAUCAAUCCACAUGUGAAGUCAGAGAAAGAGAUUUCAAAACAUUUGACCAUGUGAGCCAUACAUUCUCUUUCAAUAAAAGCUGCAACCUGAUAGUGGCCCAAGACUGUACUGAGCGCCCAAAAUUCAUUAUUACUACGAGAAAUGUUGAUCCUCAGUCUUUCUCAAGAGAGGUUCACAUAAAUACAUCCUCAGCGAACAUCGCAAUCUAUCCUACUGCAAAUUCAUCUCUCCUUGUGGCAUGCAACGAAGAACCCGUUCUAUCACGCAGUGGAGUUUCCGAGUAUGAAAAAUACAAUGUUAAAAUUUCUAAAAAUGAGACAACAGUUAGCGUGGAAGCUCCAACACACGGGCUGAAGAAAGUGACUUUUGAUGGUGUGAUCCUUAAGGUUACUGUUGCUUCAUGGAUGAGAGGAAAGACCUGUGGAAUCUGUGGAAAUAAUGACAGAGAAAAACACAAUGAACUCCUAAUGCCAAAUCAUAAGCUGGCACACAGCUGUUCUACGUUUGUUCAUUCAUGGGUAUUGCUAGAAGAAUCCUGCUCUGGUGGGUGCAAGCUGCAGCGCAGUUAUGUGAAGCUGAAUCGAAAUCCUACUAUUGAUGGAGAGGAAUCUAUGUGCUACUCUGUUGACCCAGUACUGAAAUGUAUGAAAGACUGUACUCCAAUCAAAAAAACUUCAGUUAAGGUUGGCUUCCACUGCUUCCCAAAAGAUACCACUGUAAGCCUGCUGGAAUGGCAGAGAAGCAGUGAUAAGAAAUCUGCAUCUGAGGAUGUUGUGGAGUCUGUGGAUGCUGACAUUGAUUGUACCUGUACUGGCUCCUGUAGUUAAGCUAAACGCUUCAGUGUUGUGCUAUAGACAUACUAUACAUAUAAUUGAAUAGCUGGGCAGAUAAGAAGGGAGCAUAAUAGCUGCAGUAAAAUAUUAAGAAAGGUGCUUACAGAAAAUAAGCCUACUGCAUUGCAUCCAAAGUCAAAUGCAUUAUGUACAGUCUUCACUGCUUAAUAAAUAUGUUGUUCAUUAAAUAAGUA